UAAAGACAAUCCUUUGUUUUCUCUGAAGAUGAUGGAAUUUCCUGGAAGAAUUUAUAUAAGGGCUGAAGAUGACAUACAUUCAGCCGAACAUCAGGCCAUGGUGCAGAAAUGGCUAGGGGAAUUUGAGAAAAUAAGCCGACAAUCUUUUGUUUUCCCAGAGAAACACAUCCGAAGCUUUGGAUACGUGUUUAUCGUUAUCGGUCUGCUUUUAAUGAUUAUCCAGAUUACCUUGUCGUCUGUUCAACAUGCUUAUAUCCCAAGUCUUCUUGGUUCGGGAAUUUGGAUCGGAUUUCUUUGUAUUGCGACAGGAAUCGCAGGAGUUUAUGCAGCUGGAAAAAAAAGCAAUAAAAACUUACUGGAUUUUAUGGUCAUGACGACAAUUCUUAAUAUAUUUUCGGCCAUGAUCGUCAUUCUCAACACCAUCGGCCUUGAAAUGUAUUCCAGACUUUGUUUCUCGGGAAGAGGCAAAGAAUGGAUAGGAGAAUGUGGCCAAACAACUAUUAUAUUGCAAUCGAUUCUUGUGUUUUUGAAUAUCCUGCUGUUCCUAUUAUCGGCACUGUGUGGCGGUAUCGUUAGUAGAACGCUGGAUACAUCAUUUCAGAUUCGGACACCUCCGCUGGUGAUUUAUUAUAGCCAAAGUCCGAUCGAAGAAGUCAUCCAAACUGAAGAACAGCAGGCAUCCAAUACCGAAGACCAGCAGACAUCCAAUACCGAAAUGACGCCAGAAAACAAGGAUACCGAGCAACGUGGUGACAUGCCAAGCGAAUGAAGAGAAAUCGA